UGAUAAAGAACACAACUCGCCUACUCUCCUCUCAGAUGUUAGUAAAAUGGCUGAGGACAGCAAUAUUUCAGUGGACCAUCUUCAAUUCAGCUGUUCAAUCUGCCUGGAUUUGCUGAAGGAUCCAGUAACGACUCCAUGCGGGCACAGCUUUUGUAUGUUGUGUAUUAAUGACUUUUGGGAUCAGCCUGUUCUGAAGGGGGUUUACAGCUGCCCUCAGUGCAGGGAGACGUUCCUGCCGAGACCUGUCCUACGCAGGAAUAAUGUCAUGGCUGAAGUGGUGGAGAAGCUCAAGUGGAAAGACCUAAGCGGUGGUUCUGCUACUUGUUCUGGCUCAGAAUCUGGAGAUGUUGAGUGUGACAUAUGUACUGAGAGCAAAGCAAAGGCUGUCAGGUCCUGUCUGGUGUGUCUGGCUUCUUUCUGUAAGACGCAUCUCAAACCUCACUACGAAUCCCCUGUUUUUAAGAAGCAUAAGCUAGUCCAGGCAUGCAAACAUCUGCAAGAAAAAAUCUGUUCUCGUCAUGACAAACUGGUAGAUUUCUACUGUCGAACAGACCGGACAAUCAUAUGUGCACUGUGUAUGUUAGAUAAACAUAAAGAUCACAAUACGGUUUCGCUUGCUUCAGAAAGAACUGAAAAACAGAAGCAGAUAAGGGAAAUGCAAAGGAAAUCCCAGCAUAAAAUCCUGGACAAGGAGAAGAAACUGCAAGACCUUAAACAGGCUGUGAAUACUCUUAAGAGCUCAUCACAAGCAGCGGUGGAGGAAAGUGAGAGAAUCUUUACUGAAGUGCUUCUCUUCAUUGAGGAAAAGUGUUAUGAGGUGACCGGACUCAUCAGGGCUCAGGAGAAAGCCGAACUGGAUCAAGCCGCAGGACUGCAGGAGCAACUGGAGCAUGAGAUCGCUGAGCUUAAGAAGAGAGACACUGAGCUGGAGCUGCUAUCAGACACGGACGAUCAUGUGCAUUUCCUGCAGAGCUUCCAGACUCUCUGCUCCACUACGAAAACUAAGGAGUCACCCAUGAUGACUAUAAAUCGACAUAUCUCUUUCGACGGAGUGAGCAAAUGUCUCUCGGACCUGAAAGAACAAUUUGAGGAAGUCUGCAAAGAUAAAUUCAACAAAAUCAAUCCGAACGUUGCCAAAAUUCAGAUGAUUUUUCCCAGUGAACCAAAGACCAGAGAAGAAUUUCUCCAGUAUUUUUGUCACCUGAAUUUUGACCCCAACACAGCAAAUGAGGCACUGUGGCUUUCUGAGAACUUCAGGAAAGUAUCUCGCAGUGGGAAACUAAACCCGUAUCCUAAUCAUCCGGAGAGAUUUGAUGGUUAUGGUCAGGUGCUGUGUAAACAGAGUGUAUGUGGACGCUGUUACUGGGAGGUUGAAUGUAGCAGGGGUGGAUGGGUGUACAUCUCAGUGUCGUAUAAAGGGAUCAGCAGAAAAGGACGCGGUAAGGAGUGCUGGUUUGGACACAAUACUCAAUCCUGGAGUCUGGAGUGUAGUUCCACCCUGUCGUUCUGGCACAACGACGUUCAGACAAAGAUUCCUGGCCUGCUUUCGUCCCGAAUUGGAGUGUAUUUAGACCACAGUGCAGGAACUCUGUCUUUCUACAGUGUCUCAGACGCGAUGAAUCUCCUAUACAGAGUUCAAACCACGUUCACUGAGUCACUCUACCCUGGGUUUUGGGUCAAUGCUCUUGCAACUGCUAAGCUAUGUUACUCUGUAGAAUAAAAAAAAAAAAUACCCACACCUUAUAAUGCUGUUAUUAUGAAUAUGUUAUGAGAAAUGUGUUCUGCAGUUGUGUAACUGAAUACACAUGGUUUGUAUUUUAAUACUAGGAUUAUAAAGACUGUAGCUCAGUAAGUACUGUGGUGGGACAGUUAUUACGAUUCUGUGCUGUUGACUGGAAGGUUGUGAGUUUAAAUCCUUUUGCUGCCACUGCUGAAUUUUU